GCCUGAUUGUUUAUGUGGCACGUAGGUUGAUCAGUGUGUUGACGUUUAGUAUGGCCCUGCAAUACAUACAAAAAUUGUAAAUGUUGUUUGAUAGUAAUUUUCUGAUUCGUUGGUCACCGCAGAAGACGAUACCCGAUCCAUAAUACAGAGAAGCAGGACCACCACAACUGCGUGUAACUAGCGGUGGUUUUUCCUUGCGUUUCUCCUUGCCCCUUGAUGGGCACAUGCUAUUCCAGUAAGAGCAAGUCAGCUUCUCACCCCUACACCACGGUGCCAAUGGCCGCGUCAUCUCAGGACGAUGCGCACCGUGCCCUUCGACCAACCCCUUACGCGCGAGGAGGGUCCAGUGCAGGUGGUGGCAACAAAGGCGGAAGCUCUGUUCAACGCUGCAUUCCUCCCCCGAUGAAGUAUCGUAGCCUUCAUGCCUCCGAAAAGUAUUCGACGUCAAGCAGUACGGCUGUGACAGAUGGCCAGAUGAAAGACACCCAACCUGCGAAAGAUGACACAACGAUUGCUGAGAACAAUGCCAACAACAACUUUGUAAAUAACAAACUCAUAUCUAGAUGCAUCCCUUCAGAGAAGACUGAGGAAUGUGAAAAGAAGCAGUUUUCUAUGCCAAAGCAGGAAGAUAUUAAAUGUGAAGGCUCACCUUGUGCAGACGCAACAGACCAGGUAAAGGUUCAGUACUGCUCAACGAAAAUCCCAACAAAAGUCACGGCACUGCUCAGUGGUCUUCCAAAGCCUCAGAUAGCCGUAAUUACAAACAGAGCAUCUACAGUGACAAAGGGCACCUCAGCGUCAUUUCUGCAUAAUGCCGGCAACCUGAACGAAAAGCAAAGUGAUGUACAAAGGGUUUCUCCAGAUAAAGAAAGUGUGUCUGAUAAAAGCCAUAGUAGUGGUGACAGUUCAAGCACAGAAUAUGACUCUGGCAUGGGACAAUCCUUAAGUGAUAAUUUGGGCAACCUGAAAUCAAAAGAAGGGUCUUCGUCGGAGUUUACGGAGAAAUUAAUUCAGAAUGGCAAUGAGAAAAAGACAAUUUUUUCAUCUCUCAGUGCACGCGAGGUAAUGCAGGACACGGUGCCAUCGAGAACGGGAGAUUUUAUUCAGCCCGGGUCAUACGGCGCUUACAGAGGAAUAUUGUCUUAUCGGCACAUAUCUCCGCUGAAGAAAGCUGCGGAAGUGCCCCAGUGGAAGAGAGCCGCGGAGCCAAAAGGAGCGAAGGUUGGCCAGCAUAGGCCCGUCAUCGCAAAAGGAAUUCUGAGCCGUGGAGCAAAGGCUGUCUUGUCCGUUGAUACAGUGAAGGAAGAACUUUCUGCGCCAUGUAGUGAACCAAAGCUUUCAGUUGACAGUGGAUUAAGCCCACAGGAUGAGGAAAACGAUGGAUCACCACAGCACGAGGCUUAUCUCAGUCCAGCUUCUGACGUUGAAAAUCGUGGUUUCCUUAUUGACGACGAUAUCUCGGACCAGCCGGGGUUGAUAGCACUGGAACGCUCCAAGCCCAAAAUUCUUUCUGUGAAGAAGUCCGUUUCUGAGCUGCACGCCCUCCAAAAUACAAAUUGCCAUCAUGGACGUCUCGAUCGGCCCAUCCGUGAGCGACAUUCCAUGUCUUCGGAUGUGGGGUCCUCGUGCUCGAGCCUUGCAUCUGACGACCUUAUGUUGGAUUUUGACAGGAGUAUGGACCCACUAGUGAAGGAUUCUCCUGAAAUCCUCGCCUCGCCAAAAAUAAAGCCCAGUAAAACAUCCACGCCGGCAAGAAGGACCUCUUACGCUGGCCCACUUCAGCAGAAUGAGAAGCGCAAUUCCUGGGAGAGCAGCAUAUCAGAUGAGGGAAAUAACUGCAUUCGUCGAGCAUCGGAAUUGCCACGCUGGUCAGGGCGAACUUCAGGCAACCACCUUUUACUGGAUGGAAGCCGCCUGCGCACAAGUAGUCUACCUCUUCGGCCACCCAGGCAACUCGUACUGCAAGAGUGCGACGGUGGUGUAAAACUGGAUGCCUCCUCGCACCGGUCUAUGUGCCAAGACCUCAACAGUGUCAAAACCAUGCUGCUUCGUCUCCGUAGGGUAUUGCAAGACGCAGAGACCCUGAACCCCUUUGAGCAGACAUCUUCAAAGAACAUUUUUUACCAGGCUCUCGCCCGUACAGAUCUGCCUGCGGGCUUUACGUCUAAUGCAGCAGGUGAUACUCCAGUGGACUGCAUCGAGGUUCAGGAUGUCAUGCAGGAAAAUGUGGACCUGAAGAGGCAGCUUGUCCUCAUGCAACAGCAGCUAGAAGAUAAAGACAGAACAAUUCACCUCCUACAACAACAAAUGAUGAAGUACAUGAAGAUUGCAAAUGCAGAAAAAGAAGUUGCAGCAUCCAAUGCAGCUGUCCAAACAGAGAGGCCAAAAUUUCUUGACCACUUUAUCGCAUCUGAGGAUUCCUGUUCAGGACGAUUGGUCAGCUCCACGCUUAUUGUCUCUGAAGUGAAGCAUGCCCUAGAAGAACACUUUAACUCUGCAGCUGUUUACCAAGAGAGCUUCAGGAGCAAGAUCGAGGACCUGUCCAAGUCUCUGUGCAAUAUUACCGAGUUCCUUCAGCAGACUUCAAAGAAACCCGUACUACGUAGGUCCGUCUCAAACCACGAUGUACUCUCAUCGAGAAUAGUUGCCGGAAUUAGCUAGGCAAAAGGUAAUUUGAAACAAACAGCACCAUUGAUAAAGUGCUCUUAGCAGUAUUGGAACAAGCAGCUGAGUAGAGGUUCAAGCAGCAGCGCCACCUACGUAAGUGGGGGAGGGGUAAAAUACACACGUCUCGCUUCAAUUUUGUGUAGCCAUUUCGUAGACCUAGAUAACUUAUCCUUUAUAGAAAGAGAUUGUUUGAGAGAUUCUGAUGUGAUGGCAUUUGAUACUAUCACAGUACUUAUGACAUUCACUUGACAGGUGGAGUGGCUUUGUGGUGUGUGUACGUGAGAGAGUAUAUAUUUCUGCUAUGCCUGUGCUCUUUAUACUCACAUGAGACCAAGCUCUCAUUGGCAACUAAUUUCAAGCAGAAAUAAGGUGCAAAUUGCUGUAAGGAUGAAAAAGACACAUAAAGCGUGUAAAAUAAACGAGGCACGGGUCCUGCACGAGGAUUUCGUUUACGACUGUGCCUUUCUUCUGUUCAUCUUCGGCAAGCAAAACAACAACUUUAUUGUGGUGGUGAUGACGGAGGAGUUUCAUCUCCAUCUUUUGUUUAAGUUGACAAAAGAGCCACCCCAGAAAUGAAGGUACCUAUCCCAAAAUCAAAGUGAAACCAAAAUUGGGGUCCAGCCGUGUGGUGUCACUGCUGGUUCCCCAGGUUUGGUUUUAUGUUUGUGCACCCAGUAAAGGGUGCAACGAAGUACUGCUGUUUUUAUACUGGUAUAUUAUCAAAAAUAUUGGUAAAUAUCAAUGUCCUUCUCACGGUUAUCAAUAAAGUAUCAACAUUUUUAGUCGAUAUUUUUAUUGGUGGUCAUCUAUAUUCUGUUUCAGAUAUUGAUUUUUAUCAAUAUUCCAAAUUUUUAUAUGUUUGCACCCCUACUGCCUAGUCAUUUGUAGGUUAUUUAAAGCAAUUCAUGGGCACCUGUGCCCUUAGUGCCGAAGUAAUCCACAAGAUAAUGUGAUGCCCAUAAAUCCCCCACUUAUGCCCAUGACACUAUGACGCCUACUCAUUUGCUGUUGAUAUGUCGCCUGCACCACACUUCUAUCUGCCUUGAAAUACCCACUGGGAUACCUCCUCUGUUUCUUGUGUUCAUUGUGUUCCACCCUUACUGUAGUUUGCACCCUACUUUUUGUUUGAAGCUUUGGUAAGUUUGUAGUCAUCGUUUCUGAGUGCUGCGCUGCAGUAACAAAAACUCACCACCCUAAAGCAAUGAUCACAAAGGUCGGAGAAGAAAACAGAGAAAAAGAUAGACAACAAAAGUGUACUUGUGACGUGAACACCUUUACCAUGACGAGCACUUACUGUUGUAAGCAGUCUAUACCGUGUUCCGCUUGCUUGCAAAAUACAGUUUGAGAAUUUAGUACCUAAACGGGAGGUUGGAAGGGGUCUACCUCAUGCACGUUUCUCAGAAUCUCUCAGUGACCUGGCCCGACAGUGGAUGCAAAUGUUCCAUUAUCUGUGUAUUCACACGAGCGACAUCGCCACGGAAGAUUCUAGCGGAAGAAAAAGCGAAAACACUGCUCACAGAGACAAAGUUCGUCCCGUGUUACGUUGAGCAUUCACACGGUGCGGAAUAUCGGGAGUGGCGUACUGCGCACUUAGCAGACGACACUUCGCAGACGCCGCCGUAAGCGUCUUUCCUGUCGUCUGCUACAGAAUAUCUUGUGACUGUCUCGCAGGAUAUUCCCCACGGUUAUCGGUGUACGUGAACACUGGGCGUUGAGAGCCUUGACGUUUUUCGCAUCUUCCGCUUCUGCGGUGAAUGUCACUCGUGUGAGUGCACGGUACGAGAAAGAAAAAUGGAGCUUACACCUUUCUGUAGUGACACUAAUGCGCUCACGCAAUUCCAUGGGGACCUUCCUUGUAGCAACUCUGGUCCUAGUAGUUACUUCAAACUAUUUUUUAUUAAUGAAAUAUGUACGUUAAUUAAUGAGGGUGUGCAAAGCACAGUAAGUUGUCUAGCUGGUGGUGUUCCAUUAAAAUUUAGUGAGCUGAGAUGAACACUAUAAAACUAUUCAAAGCUCAGUCGGUCAUUUCUUGUGUUACGUAUUGGAUUUCUGUACAGUUGCAGGAAACCCCAACUUAUUCUGAGCAAUAUUUUUCAUUCCACUUUGUACUAGAAAUGUUGCGCAUGAAUUUGAAUUGCAUAGUGAUACCUGAACUUUUCUUCCAUUGAAUGCACUAUGUACUAUUAGCAAUUUUAAUUGUGUUAGAACACAUUAGACCACGGGUGAAGCGGUGCCUAUAUACUGUUUUGUUUUUCGUCUGGGUGUUUUCAUCUCUGUGUAUUGCACAUAGUCAAAAUGUGCACAUCGUUUGCACACAUGUGUGCGAUGUCUUACCCAAUGGCAUCCGUAUGGCAGCAGCCUCGUGAACAAAAGUUGAACGUUCCACUGUAAAUUUCCUUUGAUGGCAUCCAGCUGCAUACUGAGUAUUACGUUAUACUCUAAAGCCAUAAGACAUGGUUGAGCUUACAUGUAGUUUAUGAAAUACUAAUUUGUUAGCGUAAUAACAAAUCCAGGAUUUAUAUUGACAAGACAGAAUUCUGAACUUAAGGUCAGAAGACUGAGAUUACUGUAGCAAAGUACCUCGUGCUGUACUGCAUGGGGCAUCUCUGCUUUUUGAUUGGGAAUAUUCUUCAGUGACAUGUCCUGUUCCUGUGUGGAUGCAGUGUUGUGAACAAACCCCAGAUGAAUUGCUUUAAUUCAUUCGUAUGUGUGAACAUGUUUUCACGGUCUUAGAUGGGGUACUAGAAUUUUGCAGUAUGAAACCUGCCUUUCAGAACUGUGAGGCCUUUUUUUUAAUUUUUUUCAUAGAGUCUCCUCAUUCAAAUACGAUAGGUAGAAUAGGGUGCACAGCAAGAGUAAUAUUUUGCGCAAAAGCCUUAGUGCCUAUAAGGGCUCGCGACAUCAUUACAAGCAAAAUACUGUGUUACAAAUUCAAAAUCCUCUUAUUUUGGUGCAAUUUUGACAAGCUUUGCAGUGCAUGGCAUACCACAAGGGAGUAUUAUUGCACCCAAACUUUGGUACCAGCACCUGUGUGGGAGAAGACCUCUCGGAAAAUUGGGGUAAUCUGAUAAUAAGCUCUACGUCAUAGACUAGCGCGGCCGUGUUCAAACAGGGUUGUAGUAUCUGCACAUAGGUGUGUGGCAAGUAAGCGUAAUAUUCCGGAGGUGUCAUUCUCGCAUGAUUUUGGUAACGUUUGCAUAGGUGAUGCACUACCUCUUGCAGUUCAGGAAAUCAAAAUCCUCAGUGUGCACACAUUGAACAAUUGAUAUUGUAAAUGCCAAAAUUGCAAAAUGAAAAAAAAAAUGCUCCUGAACAAAAUUAAUGUAGUAAGUGUGCUGAGAAGCAAACUGGAAGAGCCAGCUUGUAGCCUUGGGUGGCCUUGUGCAGUUCAGUAGUAGUCAUCCUCAAAAACACUUCCUUUAAAGAUACCAGUCUCGACAAUGUACUGCUUCUUUACAGUCGCAUAGGUUCUUGGUAAGUAACUAGUGGUCACUGUAAAGAGUUGCCGUAGCAGAAUAUGAUUGAGGUCGACCAAUUCUUAUAUUGUCAUUCCUGGUUUGAGUUUGAUGCAUUCUCUGUAAAAAAAUAUGCCUUCAGUUAGAAAGGACGCAGGACACGAAUGUACCUUGUGUGGCUCGUGUUAUAUUCAUUUCUGCCUAUGUGAGUGAAAUAUGUAGUACUGUAAUUUGUAACCCAUCCAGUUUUGUUCACACAGGAAUUCUCUAAGUAAGGCCAUAUUGCACUUUGCAUAUUUGGCAUGUAAAGCUACAUUAUUUGUAUAAGACUUUGUAGAUAGUGCACAUUUUCCAUCCAGCUAUAUUUACUGUCAGUAAGUCAGUCUGAAGUAUGUCUGUGUUGUCACUCUACUUGUACAGUGCAUUGUGGCUUAGCAGCGUUUUGUUUUAUGACGCGCAUAACCUUUAGUAGGGCGGAGUCUGUUUCCAACGUUCUAAAUUUGACACGGUUGAGGUGCGCUGUACAUCAAGGUGUAAUAAAUGUGGUUGUACCCUGCGA